CCAACAAUCACAAUAAUCUCAACUUUUAGUUGAGAUUGUAUAAUGCAUUAUUUUUUGUGAUUGUUGGUGGGACCGACCUAAAACAAUGCAUGCAUUGUUUUACACUUUGCCACUUCCGAACAUUGUAUUGUGCACAAUACAUAUAUUCAACAAACACAACUCUAACAAUCACAACUUUCAAACGAACCCUACCCCAUUGAUUAGGUGUAGUCCGAAAAGCAUACGGAUUAGCCACUGCUGAAAUUCAAAUUUGGGCCCAACGUGAAUCGACUUAACGACUCCUGAAAUGCACAUUAGGGCCCAACAUUCGAGCCCAAAGGUCAAUUAGUGUAGAGCUAUAGCCCAAACCACAAAACAAUUUCCAAACUCGCGGGGUUUAUUUCCCAACUAGUCUUCCUCAAGUGCGAUUUUCACCUUUUCAGUCUCUUCAACCCUUUUUUAGCAAUUUUUUCAUAUAAAAAGAGAAAAUCAAAAUACAGUGGGGAAAGCAGAAGAGAAGGAGCUCAGAUCCGGAACCGUUCAAGCGACAAAGAGGCACGGCGACCAAUGACCGUCCGGCUGCGAAAUCAAGCGGCUAAAUACUACAGCAUCGCCCCGCCGGAACCGUCGUGGGAAGCCGACCUCAAGCGUCGCCUGAACCGAUUCUCAGGAGAUCUCAUCACAGCCCCAUUUCGAAGAACAAGAGGAAGAAGAAGAAGGAGAACCAUAUAUUUAUUAUUAUUAUUAUCAUUAUUCCCUGAGAAGCGAAGAGACAGAGAAACAGCAGCAGCAGCAGAAGGAGAAGGAUUAUAUGUGGGAGGGAGGAGGAGGAAAGGCGGUGGCGGUGGUCGGAGAAAUCAUCGGCAUCGCAGCCGUUCAGAGAGAAGGGGAAAUCGGCGACGGAGCCACUUCUCCGCCUCUCCUGAGAGCAAAGCCUCCUUCCCGACUGGAAAUCUCAGUUCGGCAGUGGAUUCAUUUUAUAUAGUUCCUCGUCGUCUUAUACAGUCAGUUACGGAACUACCCCUUUUUUUGCUACUUUGCUUACUUGUAACUACCGUGAAUGCUUGAGGACGGUUUGGUAAAACCAGGGAACGUUACGACCUAGGUGAAAGAGGCGGGAAAUCGACGGUAGCUGACCAGUCUCGAUGACACGCGUACGGCUACUAUUGUUUUCACUUUAUAUAUUUAGUCACCGAAGGGCGAAGACGAAAAUUCUGCUUGCAGGCUUGGCAGCCUAACAAGAAAGGGGCGCGAAAAAAAAAAAAAAACGAACGCAAAAGAGGCAUUGGGCCAGAAACUAGCCUGGCCCAAGAACCUGUGGCAAUGAUACUAAUAUCUCUCUCUGGAAUAACAGGAUGACGAACUGGCGACUGAGGAUGGAAGAGAAGAAGUGAAAAUCGAACUGAAACUUUAUUGAAGCCGGCGGCCGGCCGAUUCCUCUAUUCAACUGAAGCUAAUCUACAAUGGCCGCAUCAGCGGCGGUAGCUCCCCGGACGGUGCUCUCUUCCUUCCAUCAUAGGCUCACCUUCACUGUUCCCGCCUUCUUAAAUCUCGCUACCAGCAGCGCCAGGUGCAGCUGCGGCGGCGGGAAGGUUCGCCAGUUCUCUGCGAUCCGCUGUGUACAAUCCACCGAAGAAAUUUCCAGUACCGCGGGGUCAACGAUCUCUGCCGCGGCGGCAAUUGGGCGGCGCAAUGUAAUUGACAUACUGGAGGAAAGAGGAUUGCUGGAAUCCCUUACCAGCGACAAUCUCAGGUCGGUUUCCUCCACUCCAGAAUCAUCUCCAGUUAGGGUAUACUGCGGCUUCGAUCCCACCGCCGAGAGCUUGCACUUAGGCAACCUCCUCGGCAUCUUAGUCCUCUCCUGGUUCCACCGCUGCGGCCACAAGGUCGUGGCCCUUAUCGGCGGCGCCACCGCCCGAAUCGGCGAUCCCUCGGGGAAAAGCCUCGAGCGGCCCGAGCUGGGCCUGGAAUCUCUCGAGAGGAAUACCUUAGGGAUAGCCAGUACCGUAACUAGAAUCCUGAAUUCGAGCAAUUCCACCUCUUUCGUGGUUAUGAACAACUACGAUUGGUGGAAGGAGUUCAAAAUGCUGGAUUUUCUCAAACAGGUAGGCAGGUACGCUAGGGUUGGAACCAUGGUUGCUAAAGAGAGUGUGAAGAAGAGGCUUGAAUCCGAGCAAGGAAUGAGCUACACAGAGUUCACUUACCAGCUGUUACAGGGCUAUGAUUUCCUCUACCUCUUCCAGAACCAUGGAGUGAAUGUUCAAAUUGGAGGCAGUGAUCAGUGGGGGAACAUUACAGCAGGAACUGAUCUCAUCAGGAGAAUCCUUCAGCCGAAAGAAGGCGAAGGAGGGUUCGGCUUGACUUUCCCUCUCCUGCUCAAGAGCGACGGUACUAAGUUUGGGAAAUCUGAAGAUGGAGCCAUUUGGUUAUCCCCUUCAAUGUUGUCUCCUUACAAGUUUUACCAGCACUUGUUCUCGGUCCCUGAUUCGGACGUGAUCAAGUUCCUCAAGAUGCUGACUUUCCUCGACAUGAAGGUGAUAGAGGAGAUGGAACUCCAGAUGCGGAGUCCGGGUUACUUGCCAAAUACUGCACAGAAGCUGCUUGCAGAAGAGGUGACUCGAUUCGUCCACGGUGAAGAAGGGCUUCGAGAGGCGAUCAUGGCUACCGAGGCUUUGAGGCCUGGAGCCGAGACUAAGCUGGACUGGAAGACGAUUGAAGCGAUUGCUGAGGAUGUGCCUUCAUGUUCCAUGGCGUAUGGUGAAGUAGUCAAUCUGUCUGUUGUCGAUCUCUCGGUGUCUUCCGGAUUGUUGGAAAGCAAAUCGGCAGCUAGGAGGUUGAUGAAGCAAGGAGGUUUGUACUUGAACAAUGGCAGAGUUGAUCAGGAGAGUAAGAGAAUUGAGGAUGAAGACAUUGUGGACGGGAAGCUUCUCCUUUUAUCUGCUGGGAAGAAGAACAAGGUUAUCAUUCGCAUUUCUUGACUUCUCAUAUGGCUAAAUUAGAAUAGGCAGUUGCCUUAAAAUGGAGUUCUGUUUCGGUUUUUGUUCCAGAGAUGUGUAGCUCUUUCAUCUGGAGAGGUUUAUGAAGCAAAUUUUAAGCACUGUGUAACUGAUUCAUCAACAAAGUCUCUUCCUUUACCAAUCCCAUCGAUUUGUUUCAGUUGUUAUUGUGAUUCCAUUUAAAUUAGGUAUUGUUUAUCUUAUCUGAUAUGUGCUUUUAGAAGAAACCGUGCAUCUUUAUAGAAGUCCGUUGUGCUGCAUCCAAAGCACACCAGCUUAAAAAGUACCGGUUGAAUCUCACACCUGCAUGCAAUAUCUGCAGCUUAUGAUCUAGCUAGGUAGUUACAGUGCUAUGGAGUCUCAUAACGUAGCUUUCUCAGCUGUAUUACUGGAGGUAUCACCAUUGAUGAGAAGCACAGAAUCAAAGUUUUCUCAUUUUUUUACUCUACUUAGUCGAGCAACCCAACCAUUCCCUUUCAAAGACGUUCUGUUCUGGUUUUUUGAAACUUUGUAAAAACUUCAAGUAGGCGGGGAAGGCUCAGAAAUCCGCCAUUGUUAAUCAGACAACGGCAUACGGCAGCCAUUAGCUGCGAAGUCGGAGCAGCAGCUAGGUGCUGCUGUCUCGAUCGCCACGCCAAAUAGCGCCGCCGUGGCCGCUCUGAUUAAAAACUCUCAGGUGGGGGGUCAUCACAGCCUCGAUUCGGAGAAGAAGAAGAAGUGAGCAAGCGGAAGAAGAAGAAGUGGAAGAAGAUUCCGUUUCCAGUUCCAGAUAUAGACAGACAGACAGACAGUGAACAAGAGCGCUAGCUAGCUAGCUAGUACGUACGUAGUGUAGAGUAAGAACGUGACGGCGGAGAUGGGGGCGAUCGGAGAAAUCAUCGGCUCCGGUGCCAUGCCGAGAAGGGAUCCCUUCCCAGAGAGCAAAGCCUCAUUCAUGUCCCAAAUGAGAGUUGGCAGAGUUCCGUCGCCGGCGACUUCGGGUGGUGCGUGACAGUUUCAACUUUAUACUCGCUUUGUCUUCAUUUUGCUUUAGUUACGAGAUUACCCUUUAUUUUUCCUGUGAUGGAUACAUGGAAAUGGUCGGUGGUAAUUCAGUGAUUAUUGUAAAAGCCAGGCCGGGGGUUUAUUUCCCGUGUAUUAGGUUAACAUUUCAGAUCAACGUACACGUGUACGACAUGCGUGAUCUUGACUCUUGAGCCCGUAUUACAUUACAUGACCUUUUCUUAUUAGAUUAAAGAAGAAUAUAGCUGAUUAUGCAAAUUGUUAUGAGAUUAGUUUAAAGCAAGUUGUAAAAAAAUAGUUGGCCAGAUAAAUGAAAUUGUUUGAGAGUUUGAAUUAUGAGUAUCAUUGUCAAAAUACGAAUAUAAGAAUUCUCCAUCAUCAAAAUUAUAUUAUGUAAAAAAUCAAUGAGAUUUUUCCUAUCAAGCUAGCCAUGAUGAUCCCCAACCCAAGCCAGUAGUGUUCCCUGCUUGCUGGAGAUAUAUAAUCUACUAAUUAAUUCAUUAAUUGCAUGCCUGCCAUGUGUGCAACUUGCUUGACUCUUAUCUGAUCUCUUAUCUUCUCUAAUCCGGCCUUCCUCCUGCCCAUGAAAGAAUCUCCAUGCAUAUAUCCACCAUGGCUGGACUACUCUCUAUGAUAACAAUUACUAGCUUUUAUGGCCGGGUUUCUUCCUUUCUCGUAGCUAGCCCGAUCGAUGGACUGCAUUCCUCCAGGAAAGGCGCUGGAUAGCUAGCUAGAGCAACGACAUGCAUGGAAUUAAAAGAGACUAAUUUCU